CCGGGACAAAGCAAAGACAGGAGUAGCGUAAGUGGCAAAGUCUAGAUCUAAGCAAACCAACAAUCUAAGAUCAUGGCAUAUUGCUAUGGAACAGCAGGAGAUGAUCACGACACACAGCUAGGUGACUUGUCCUUAUGUGAAUGGGAGCCAGAAAACCUUGAGAACUUCGAACCAAGCAGUGGUUUCUUCCUCGACGUGGACAUGGCACAAGAGAAAAUGGAACUAGACUUGGAGCUGCUGCCGAGUUCAGCUACCACAGAUGACAUGCUGAGAAGAUCCAACAGCGCCCCUUUGAUCAAUGGGCUUGGUGAUAACUCACAGGUGUUCCAAGCUGACACGUUAACAACUCCAAGAAAUAACACAACGUUUAUGGCACAACAUUGUCUGGUCAGUGUGAAGCCAUUGAAGAAUUCUAAGUCUAUGAUUGACAGACUUUUAAGAUUUGAAUCUUUAAAAGAUUACCCUGGCUGCAGAGUGUUUUUGCCACCCUCUCCCAUCCCCAUCCGUGCUUCCUCUAGUCACCUUCAUCAAAUCAAACAGGAAGAAGGCAUGAAUUUAGUAACUAGAGAAGCAAUGCAUGAAUGGGAGGUACAAACCGCAAUACGGAAAAGUCGGUCUUGGGAAGAAAGUUUGAACCUGAGUGACAAUGAUUUAGAGAAACCAUCUUCAAAGCACAUCGAUUUAAUUCCAGUAUCCCCAGCAGCUCCUCCCACCAGGGGGAUUGGGAAGCAGUGUUUUCCUCCAUCGUUACAAACCCGUGUGAGUUGCACCACUUUGCCUCCAAGCCCUAUUCCUAGUCCUACGCAACAAUUUACAAUAAGAAGUCAAAACCCCACCAACAUUAUUAGACCAAGUAUCUGUGGACCAUUUAAAAGAAAAGGUGAAAUGACAUUUGAAGAUAAGCCAAAGAAACUUUUCCAAGGCACAACCAACAUGCUUUCUUCUGAUACUACUCAACAGUCUGAUAUGAAUGUGUGGGAGAAGAGCUGGCCUAGUCAGAUAUAGAAUCUUCCCAGUCUGCUCAAGGCAUUACCAAUCAAAUAGCCUCCGUCUGACACAUCAGAUUUGCAGAGUAAAAUAAAAGGGCACGUUCAUUCUCUUCUUUACCCCCAAUGAAGAAAAGGAUAAGUUUCUUCUUAAGUUUGUAGUUCUAAUUCUCAACAGUUAUGGUGUUUGGGGGUGGGGAGGUGGGGGUAGGUUUCUCUCAAAAGAAAAAAUGGGAUAAAUGAAAGGUUUUGUAGGUCACUUAAAAGAAAUGCAGAGGGAUGCCUGGGUGGCUCAGUCGUUAAGCGUCUGCCUUCAGCUCAGGUCACGAUCCCGGGGUCCUGGGAUCAAGUCCCGCAUCGGGCUCCCUGCUCGUGCGGGGAGGGGGGCCU